CGGUAGAGCAGCCAGCGAGCUCGUCCGCUGGUAACGGUGAGAACGUCAGAAACGUGAGUGUUGGUGAACAUAACCUUCAGAAGUUUCCGGAAAUAAAUAAACAAAAUUAACGGAAAACGACGAGGUUUGCAGCAGUUAUUCGUGAUUUUUGAAAAACAAGAUCGUUCUGUGGGUAAACCAGGUGAUAAUGGCCGAGGAGAAGGUGUUAGUUAAUUGCUACAACCGAGGAUGCGGACAGAAGUUCAAUCCCAGUGAGAAUAAAGAGGACGCGUGUGUCCACCACCCUGGCACCCCAGUAUUCCACGACGCCUACAAGGGCUGGUCGUGCUGCAAAAAAAAGUGCACCGACUUCACCGAAUUCCUGAACAUCAAAGGAUGUACAAGAUCCUUCCAUUCAAACGACAAACCCCCGGAGCCUGAGAAACAGAAAGUCGACAAGACGAAGGCCGACGAGGUGAUACAGUACCGUCCACCAGUGAAUAGCCAACCUACCCUGGAAAGACCGGCCUUCGAAGCACCUCAGGUGACACUGACGCCGACAGUCUCGCCGACUCUCCUCGAUCAGAUAAAGGGAAUCACCGCCAACGAGCCCUCGACCCUGGGGGACAAGGAAGUGCAGGUGGGGGAGAGCUGCAAGAACAAAGCAUGCAAAGCCAGUUAUAGCGGUGCUGAGUCCAAUGACGAAGUUUGUGUUCACCAUCCUGGGGUCCCUAUCUUCCAUGAGGGACUCAAGUUCUGGUCCUGUUGCCAGAAGAAGACCACGGAUUUCUCGGUGUUCCUGGCGCAGCCUGGAUGCACUCAGGGCAGCCAUAUGUGGAUCGUUAAGAAUGAGAGCAAACGAAUCGAGUGCCGAAUGGAUUGGCACCAGACAGGAUCCCAUGUCGUCGUCUCAAUUUUCGCCAAGAAGUAUAAUCCAAAUAAAUCGUUUGUCAAGCUGAAUCCUAUUCGACUAACUGCUAGUUUAUUCUUUCCUGAAGAAAAUUCGAAUUAUGAUCUUGAUCUGGAGCUGAGAGGGGUUGUGGACGUUGCAAACAGUUCUGUCAGUAUGCUGCCCACUAAAGUAGAGAUAAAAAUGAAGAAAGCCGAACCUGGCUCCUGGGCUAAACUGGAUUUUCCCAGAGAAGUAAUAAGGAAAGUAGAAAAACCCCUACAAAACGACGAAAACAUUGCAGAGCGCGUAGACGCAGUUGACCUCAGUGACCUGUGAACUUUAUUAAAUAAAUACUAUCUUCAUCCUGUGCAGUGAUAAGUUUCCAAAACCACUGAUUUUGUAUGAAAAUGAAAAUUCUGAAUUUAAAUGCUCGGAGACUCCAGAGGCCGGGUUUUACGACCACCUUGACAUAAAGAAUGAAAUCAAUGGCAGUUGGGUGCCAUUCGGUUCACGAGGGAUAGAAAAUAAGGACUAGCUAAUUGUUGAAGGAGCUUAAUGAAUCAGAAAUAAAACUUUGAUGUCCAUGAACAA